AUGGAUAUUGAGAGUCUUAUUGCCCAGACAGAGGCUCUCUCUUGGGAUGAUCCUUCAUCCCAGAUUGAGUCCUUAACAGCUGAAACAGCCACGGAUGAAUGCCUACCUUUGGUAGGACAUGUCAUCUCUCAUAAAACUCUAAACAACCAGGCUGUCUUUGCAGCCCUUUCAAAAGCUUGGGAAUUUGCUGUCCCCUUCUCGCAUGCUGUUUUAGGUCCUAACAAAUUUUUGUUCAAACUUUCCAAGCCUGAACACCUAGCAAGAAUUCAGAAACAAGUCACUUGGAAUGUCAAUGGCUUCCUCAUCAUUCUCCAGCAAUGGCAUCCUCAAGCUACUUUAGGGGAACUACCUUUCAACAAAGCCCCCUUUUGGAUCCAAGUUCACGGGCUUCCUCUAAUCAAUAUGACUACAAAGAUUGCCAUUUCUAUUGGGAAAGGCCUGGGAAAGCUUAUCAAGGUAGAUGCUUUAAGUGGUGAAAAGAAAACGUUCAGAAGCUUUCUAAGGCUUCUUGUGGAUAUUGAAGUGGGGAACCCUCUGAAGCCUGGGUUCAUUUUUCGUAGAGAUGGAGGUGAGUCUCUCUGGAUUUUUCUGAAAUAUGAGAGAUUGGAUAUAUACUGCUCUUCUUGUGGAAGGAUUGGUCAUAAACUCUUCCAUUGCACUGCUCCACCCGAAGAUAGAUUUCCUGAGAAGUAUGCUGUUUCUCUCCAAGUUAACAUCUUCUCUAACAUGCUGUCAAACUUCCCCAUUACAAAAACCUGCCCUGCCAUUACCAUAACCCAAACACAACCUUCAUCUUCUCAAAAUAGGCCAAAUGAGUUAACUCAGUCUAGUGAAGCUAGCCAAACUCCUGUUCACAAUGCCCAAACUCAGCUAGACUCUACACGACUCAUGCAGCAGAAAAUAUCUCAAACUUUUGUGACAUCACUCCCCACCUCUCCUUCAUUAAAUGCCAUCACCUUUAUCCCCUCCACCGCUUCUGCUCUGGACAACACAGCCAUACCACCAACUCCUUCAUUAAAUGCCAUCACCUUUAUCCCCUCCACUGCUACUGCUCUGGACAACACAGCCAUACCACCAACUCCACAUCAAUCUCUUAUCCAUCCCAUAUCCCAACCUCCAAAUCAGUUAUCUUCUCACUCCCAACUGCUCAAAAGAGCUAGGCUGACUGGGGAUCUUCUCCCAUGUAAGAAAGGCUCUUGUAGCUCGCCUCUGAUAGCUCCCACACCUGAUGAGUUGGAAUCUCCCACUCCUAUGGACUCCAUUCCAAACAAACUUCUGCAGCUCCCAGCAAGGGGACCAUGUGGUGUCCCCCAGCAGCAUAUGAAGAUUUUAUCUUGGAACUGCAGAGGGAUUUCUCGCCCUGCUGCAGUUCGUGGUCUCAGGGCUUUGAUCAGAGCCAAUAGCCCUGAUGUUCUCUUUCUCUCUGAAACAAAAACUUCUCCUUCUCAAGUCUCCUCUAUUCUGAAUCGUCUUGGUUUCUACUUGAUGACUCAAGUUGCUUCAAUUGGUUCUAGUGGUGGUCUUGUUCUUGCCUGGAGGUUAGGCGUGGAACUAGAAAGCUUUCUCACAAAUAAGAACAACAUCACUGCUUGGUGUUAUUCUGACCCUCCCAACAGCCCCUGGAUCCUAUCUUGUAUAUAUGGCCCCCCAGAAAAGAAAAACAAACUAGCUUUCUGGGACUCUCUCACUGCUGCUGGUGAGGCUUUUGUUAGUCCAUGGCUCUGCAUUGGUGAUUUCAACUUUGUGCUGGAUCAAUCUGAAAACCUUGGAGGCAGACCUGUUGCUAGCUCCUCCCACUGUCCCUUCAGAAACUUUAUAGAUCAGCAUGGCAUGGUGGACCUUGGCUUUGUUGGAAACCCUUUCACUUGGUGUAACAAUAGAACAGGUUUUGCUACUAUUAAAGAAAGGCUUGAUAGAGGUCUAGCCUCCCUAGAGUGGGUUCAUCUUCACCCUGAUUUCUCUCUUAUCCAUCUCCCGGCCUCCAUCUCAGAUCAUAACCCCAUCUCUCUAAACACUAAUAAUACCUCCUCCUUUUUGCCUAGACCUUUCAAAUUUGAAGAAUUCUGGACUCUGGAUCCCUCUUGUGGUCUGGUCAUUGCAGCUACUUGGAAGCAUUUGGUUUCUGGCCCUCCAGGCCUUGUUCUGGUGAAGAAGCUGGCUCAAACUAAAGCAGCCCUUAAAAGGUGGAACAACCUUAUUUUUGGUAACAUUCAAGCAAAGAUCAAGUCCUCUCUGUUUAAGAUUGAUCAGAUCCAGAUUUCCCCUCCCAGCUCCCAAGCUAGCUUGCAAGAAUCUCUGCUGAAAAAAGAACUUGAUGGUUUAUUGAUUAAAGAAGAAUCUCUUUGGAGGUCGAAAUCCAGAGAAACUUGGUUGCAGUGUAAGGAUCUCAACACCAGAUUUUUCCACUCCUCUACUCUGAUUAGAAGAAGAUCAAAUGCAGUAAACUUUUUGAAGACAAAUGAAGGGGCAUGGAUUUCUGAUAGAGCUGAAAUUGGAGGGAAUUUUGUGUCCCAUUUCUCCAAUUUGUUCUCCUCCUCGGUUCCUCCUAUUGAAGAAGAUAUGCUUAGUCUUUUUGAUCCUGUUGUCUCUGCAGAGGAAAACUCUUUCUUAUGUGCCUUACCUCCUGAAGAAGAGGUGGUUCAAGCCCUCUCCAGUUUAGGAUCAACUAAAGCUCCUGGUCCGGAUGGGUUCACAGCUCUCUUUUAUAAGAAAUACUGGUCCAUUGUCAAAACUGAUGUUCUUGUCUGCAUUAGAAAUUUUUUCCAGAAUCAUCAGCUGCAGCAGGAGCAAAAUCACACUCACAUUGCUUUGAUUCCAAAGCAGCAGGGUUCUCAUUCAGUGCACCAUUUUCGGCCUAUCAGCUUGUGUAACAUUGUCUACAAAAUUAUUACAAAAAUUUUGGCUACUAGAUUGAAGACUCUGCUCCCCAAGAUCAUAUCUCCCCUGCAAUCAGCUUUUGUUCCUUCCAGAAAUAUCCAAGACAAUACCAUUCUGGCCCAUGAGCUUCUGCAUUCUUUCAAAAGCAAAAAAGGGAAAGGGGGUUUCAUGUUUCUUCAUAUGGAUAUGGAGAAAGCUUUUGACAAAAUGGAAUGGGAUUUCAUUUUAUCUGUUAUGAAGAAGUUGGGAUUCCAUUCAUCUUGGAUUAACUGGAUCAGACUUUGCAUCUCCUCUUCUUCUUUCUCCAUUCUUAUUAAUGGAAGCCCCUUUGGUCAGUUUUCCCCCAAGAGAGGCCUUCGCCAAGGUGAUCCCCUCUCUCCUUUCCUUUUCAUCUUAGGAACAGAAGUCCUUUCUAGAUUGCUGUUUAGAGAAGAAACUCUAGGAAACAUCAAAGGGCUGAAAAUCUCCAGGAAUACCCCAGCCAUCCACCACCUCCUUUUUGCUGAUGAUCUCUUGAUCUUUGGUAAAGCCACCCUCAAAGAAGCCAAUACUAUCUGUUCUUGCCUUAAGAAAUACUGCCUCUGGUCUGGCCAAUCCAUUAACAAUGGAAAAUCUUCUAUAAGAUUCUCAAAAAACACCAACCUCACCACUGCUGCAAUGAUUCUUGAUAUCUUGCCCUACUCAAAAAACCCAUCAAAGUCUAUUUAUCUUGGUCUCCCUAUCCUCUUAGGCAAUUCCAAAAAAGCAGCUUUCCUCAAUAUCCUUGAUAGAGUUAAAUCUAAGAUGGAUGGAUGGCGUGCAAAGUCCCUCUCUCAAGCUGGAAGGUUGAUGCUUAUCAAUUCUGUGGCUACAGCCAUCCCUUCCUAUGCCAUGAGCACUUUCCUGCUCCCAAAGAGUCUCUGCAGCCAGUUAGACAAGGCUUUCAAAAAAUUUUGGUGGGGAUUUCCCUCAUCAAAAACCAGGAAUCUCUCUCUCAAGUCUUGGAACUCUAUCUGCACCCCCAAAGUUUUUGGUGGCUUAGGCAUUAGGAGGAUGAAAGAUGUGAAUCUAGCCCUCAUAUCAAAGCUUGGUUGGAAGCUCCUCACGGGUUCAGACUCUCUUUGGGUGUCCCAGCUCUCAGGUAAGUAUCUCCAAUCUGAAUCUUUCCUCUCCCCCUCUUCCCUUUCUUCCUCUUCUUGGCUGUGGAAAGGCAUUUUAAAGUCUAAGCCAAUCAUCUCUCAAGGUGCUUGCCAUAGGAUUCAUAGUCUUUCCUCCCUUUCUGUUUGGAACUCCUCCUGGAUUCCUACUGUGCCUUUUUUCACCCCCACUCCUCUUCUUCUGAGUAGGUCCUCUUAUCCUGACUUGAUUGUAUCGGAUCUCAUUACCCCAAAUGGCUGUUGGAAUCUCCCUCUUCUGGUCUCUUUGUUCACUUCCCCUUGUGUCAAAGAAAUUCUAAAGAUUCCAAUCAGCCCUAACAUUUCCACUUCUUUUCUUUGGACCCCCUCCUCAAAUGGCAACUUUUCUACCUGCUCAGCUUUUAGGUUGAUUAGCAACUCUAGAAACUCUACUGUCAUUUCUCCUCUUGAGUCUAGCUCUUGGAAGGCUUUAUGGAAGCUAAAGCUUAAUGCUAGGCUGAUUUUGUUUCUCUGGAAAAUUGCUUGGGACAUUCUCCCCUCUAAAGUCAGGCUGAAAGCUAUCUUCAAUAUCCCUAAUUCAGAAUCCCUUUGCCCUCUUUGCAGCUCAGAAGAGGAUUCUCUUUCCCAUCUCUUCUUUCGUUGCAUUUUUGCUAGAGUUGCAUGGAGAUCCUCUUUUUGGCCUCUUGAUUCCUUAGCUUGGUCCUCUCUUAGUCUCCCAGACUGGAUAAAAGGCAUCAUCUAUCCUUUUUCCUCUUUUGGUAUUCCUAAAGCUGAUUCUCACUUGUUUCAAAUUUAUGCUUCGGUUUUAUGUGAUCUUCUCUGGUUUUCUAGAAAUAAAGCAGUGCAUGAAGGCAUUAUUCCAGAUAUCAUUUCUUUGGCUAGCUCCAUCAAAAGAACAUCUCUGGAUCAUGCAGCAGCUUGGAAGUAUUCCUCCCCUAUUACUGUAAAAGAAUUCUGGUCUCCUCCCCCAGCAGGUUCACACAAGAUCAAUUUUGACACUGCUAUAAGGGAAAAAUUUUCAGUGCAGGCUGCUGUUUGCAGAGAUUCAAAGGGUCACAUUGUUAAGGCUAUUUCCCAAAUAAAUCCUCCAUGUGAUCCCAUCUAUGGUGAAGCUCUUGCAGCUCAGCUUGCUGCCUCCUUAGCAGCCUCUUUGAAGCUCUCAAGUUUCUCUCUUGAAGGUGACUCAUCGGUGAUUAUAGAUGCUUUGCAAAACCCUUCCAUCACUUUUGACUGGCAUAUACAAUCGGUGAUUGCCAACUCUUUGUUACUCCUUAAAGCCUCCCCUCUUUGGGAGGCAAAGAAAAUUCACAGAAGUGCAAACUUCUGCGCCCACCAUGUGGCUUAUUGGGCCGCGGCAAGAGUGUUCUCGGGCUGCAUUCCCACUUAUUUUCCCCCCCCUCCAUCAAUCCCCUUAUGUAGUGGAAAGGAUCCACCCCCCUCUCUUUCUUUCUCCUGUUGUAAGGCCUUUGGCCCGUUGGUUUGUUAA